CGGGGCGCGGCCGGGCUCCGGCGGGCGCUGAGCGCGGCGGGAGCGGAGCGAGCGCCAGGCUUUGGUUAGUGUUUUAGACUCAUAUUUCUCUGAAGCUGAUGUUUUCCUAACACUUUCAGCUUGGCUUUAAAAGCUGCUUCGCUAGAAUGUUUUAAACGGUUACAAAACCUCUAGGAUUUGAAGUUUAUUUAAAUUAAUUGAAGGAAACACUUCUGGCCUCACCAAAGAAAUAACUGGAAUCAUGGAUCAGAACAACAGUUUGCCACCCUACGCUCAAGGCUUAGCCUCCCCUCAGGGUGCAAUGACUCCAGGAAUUCCAAUUUUCAGCCCGAUGAUGCCGUAUGGCACAGGACUGACACCGCAGCCUGUCCAGAGCACCAACAGUCUGUCCAUAUUGGAGGAACAGCAGCGGCAGCAGCAGCAGCAGCAGCAGCAGCAGCAAGCAGCACAGCAAUCCACGUCACAGCAAGCGACACAAGGAACAUCUGGUCAAACCCCCCAGCUCUUCCAUUCACAGACUCUUACCACAGCCCCUUUACCAGGAACCACACCUCUGUACCCCUCUCCAAUGACUCCAAUGACUCCAAUAACUCCUGCAACACCGGCGUCGGAGAGCUCUGGCAUAGUGCCACAACUACAGAAUAUUGUGUCCACCGUGAAUCUUGGUUGCAAACUUGACCUAAAAACUAUUGCACUUCGUGCCCGAAAUGCUGAAUAUAAUCCCAAGCGUUUUGCUGCUGUUAUUAUGAGAAUAAGAGAACCACGUACCACUGCACUGAUAUUCAGCUCUGGAAAAAUGGUGUGCACAGGAGCAAAAAGUGAGGAGCAAUCCAGACUGGCAGCAAGGAAGUAUGCAAGAGUUGUUCAGAAACUGGGUUUUCCUGCAAAAUUUUUGGAUUUUAAAAUUCAGAAUAUGGUGGGAAGCUGUGAUGUGAAAUUUCCCAUCAGACUGGAAGGAUUGGUACUCACACACCAGCAGUUCAGCAGCUACGAGCCAGAAUUGUUUCCUGGCUUAAUCUACAGAAUGAUUAAGCCAAGAAUUGUUCUGCUUAUUUUUGUUUCUGGAAAAGUGGUUUUAACUGGUGCUAAAGUACGAGCAGAAAUCUAUGAAGCAUUUGAAAACAUCUAUCCUAUUUUAAAGGGGUUCAGAAAGACAACGUAACAGUUUCUACACCUUUCAGAGAAAUCAGGGGUAUAUUUUCAAAGGUAUUGUGUAUGGCACAGCAGUAACAAGAAACGGACUUCCAGUGCAACUGCAACACCAGGACUUGGACUAUUUCCCAGUUAGUGCCUACUUCCCUGAUGCUCAAGGGGAACUGUAUUUUGAGUAUGUCUACUGAGUUACUGUGAGUUGCUUUACUGGGCUGUUCCCGGAGCAGCCUCUCCAACUUUUAUUUAUAUUCUAGCUUUUAAAUAGUUUUAAUGCCAGUUCUAUUAAUAGAAAAACUGUAAGUUGGUUUAAAGACAAAUGCAACUGUGUCACUCAGUGUAUAAACCACUUAAAUUGUCAUGUAUAUAUGUUUUAAGUUCCUUCCAUAAGACCAUGGUUUUUAUAAUUUUCAGAACUUUAGCUUUUAAAUUUUUUCAAUUUAAAAUUUCUUUUGUGCCAGACACAUUCCCUCUUUCCAGUAUUAAGCAAGAUAGAAUAAAUUUAUUAAUUAAAAUGGCUCACUGUACAUAUAUAUAUAAUAUAUACCUUUCUUCUCUUUCCUUCUUCAACUCCACAUGUACAAUAAACCCUGUUUAUAC